UUAUUGCUCAAGCCCGGACUUGAAAUCAACUACUCGGAAGUUAUUCGGUUCAGUAGUUGGUAGAGCUUGGUAGUGUUUUGUUUCCGCAACAUUGCGAUAUGGAAAACGUUCGGAAAGAAGUGCCGAUGAACCACCUGUUCGAUGGAAGCGAUCUGAAUGUGUACGAUCACAAGAUCGCCAACCUGUCGGCCGGCGCUCCUGGGCCGGAUCUGUUAGAGGAGAGUGCGAAAUAUAUCUGUUUGGCCACCGAAAAACGGGUGAAAUAUGAAGCAGAAAAUAAAUCAUUCCUCUUCCAAUAUGGACCUACUAUUGGCACGACGGAAUUUCGCGAAAACCUUGCAUCUUUCCUCACCGAGGGCUACCGCAGUGAGGUCAACAAGUCCGAUCUGGUUCAAACCAGUGGAGCUACGAGCGGGCUUCACCUGAUACUGUCGACGCUGGUCGAUCUGGCAGGGGUAAUAUUCGUCGACGAGUACACGUACAUGAUUGCUCUCGAAACCAUAUCACAGUUUAACACAAUGAAAAUAGUUCCUGUGCCCCUCGAAGAGGACGGUCCCAAUGUGGGCACCCUGAAGGGCUUGAUCGAGCAGCACCGCUACGAAGCGAAAGGGAAACUAUUCUGGGGUGUUUAUUACACUAUGCCGACCUUCCACAAUCCAACGGGAAUUGUUUUUUCUGAGGACAAGUGUCAUCAGCUGAUAAAACUCGCCCGCGAAAGCGAUAUCUUGAUUGCGUGCGACGAUGUGUACAAUUUAUUGCACUACGGUGAUCCUGAUGGCGCACCACCGAAGCGUUUGUUUGCCUACGAUAUCGCUGACCUGGGAGUGGUGGAGGGCUGGCGUGGAAAUGUCAUAUCGAACGGAUCCUUCUCGAAGAUCCUUUCGCCCGGCAUACGGCUCGGUUGGAUGGAGUGCCCUCCGCGAUGUGUAGAAGCCUUCCGUAAUAGCGGAGUUCUGAAAAGCGGUGGCGCGGCCAAUAACUACACCGGAGGAAUCGUCAGCACCCUCAUCCAGAUGGGUUUGGCCCGACGGCAGGUGCAACUGUACAGCAGCAACUACUCAGCACGGCUACAGGCAAUGCUGGAAACGCUUGAGACCCACCUUCCCAAGGAGUGCAGCUUCAGUAGACCCCAGGGAGGAUACUUCGUAUGGAUACGCUUUCCCGAGCACAUCGACUGUGUGGCGCUAAACCAAUACAGCAUAGAAAAGCAUCGAGUGGCUGGGGUUCCCGGGCCAAGAUUUUCCUAUUCCGGUGAGGCGCGCAAUUUCAUUCGUUUCACAUUCGCCUUCCAUGCUCCAGAUUAUCUGCGACGCAGUGUGGCGUCCUUCUGCGCAGCGGCAAGGGACUUUAUGGCCAAAACCGGCCCAGCUUAACCACCUCGUGUCUAUGUAUAUUGACGGCCCAAAGCACCAGUUGCAAAGGCAAUAAAAACACUGUUCCAAACACU